AACUGGUGGUAAGUAAAUGCUCGCCAUUCUUUUUGCUUCGUCUAGCGUAGCUUUCGCAGGCGAUGGAAAUCUUGGACUUCUUGGAAGACCAAGAAAACGAUAAUUGGCGCUGCCGGAGCCACGGGUGCAAGGGCAGUGGUGAAGAACGGGUCACCCUUCCCCUGACAGAAACCACAAACCAUGACGAGGACUACUCCAAGAUCCCCCUCGCUGACUACUGCAACACAGCCAUAUUGCAGCAGGUGAAGAGGCUACAGGGUGACGCUCUAGAGCUACGCCGGACCAACAAGGAGCUGCAGCUUCAAAAGCGUGACCUUAACGUCAAGUUGGCGGCGGCCCAAGCCCACAUUUCCACCCUCCUCGCCAAGAAGGACAUGGCGGAGGCGGAAGCAGCGUUACUGAGGCCAGCAAACCAAGAAUUGCGCAGGCAGGUAGAGGGGCUGCAGAACCAGCGCUUCAGCGAGGUGGAGGAGUUGGUCUACCUGCGCUGGGUCAAUGCUUGCCUGCGCUACGAGCUACGCAAUAUCAUGAUGGACAGCACCGUCAACUGCCAGGCCAUGCAGCUCAGCAAGGUCUUGAGCCCAAACUCUGGCCAGAGAGCCAAGCGACUUGUGCUCGAAUAUGCGGGGGCCGAGCUUGCUACGUCUCGCACUGAUAGCAACGACGACGGCGAUGGCGACACAACCUCCAAGUCAUCAGAGUCUAGCUGUGGCUUCCCGGCGCUUGAACAGCGACAGAAUGGCAACAAGCCGAGCUUCAUCAGGAAGCUGAGCCGGACGUGGUCGAGGAAAAGAAACAACUCCUUCGGAUAUGUUGCCAGACCGCCAGCCGACGAUAGGCGCGAUACGUACAACAGCACCAGCAUAGCAGAGUCUUUCCAGAUUAUGUCCCGCUCCAUGGUGGCAGACAAGUAUCCAGCUUUCAAGGACAGGCACAAGCUGGCUGUGGACAGUGCACCUGAUGCGUCCUCGUCCUCAUCGUCGGCGGUGGCGGCGGCAGCAACAGCAAGUCUUUCAGCGCGUCCUCCGCCUCCUCCACCGCCACUACCAACGCCUCGUCCAGCUGUUGUGUCGUCGUCGUCCCCUCUGGCAAGCUCAAGUGAUAACAAGCUCCGGUUCCAGAGAGCGCCACAGGUGAUUGAGCUCUACCAUGCAAUGACGAAGCGUGACAUCAAGAAAGAUGUACCAUCAACUGCGACCGCAGCAGCACGAGUCAGUGUCGAUGAAGCACGGAGCAGCAUUAUCGGGGAAAUCGAAAACAGGUCGUCUCAUCUGCUGGCGAUUAAAGCGGACGUAGAGAACCAGCGUGAACUUGUCGUGUCCCUGGCGGCGGAAGUCCGUGCCGCAGACUACACUGAGAUGGAAGACGUGCUUGCAUUUGUGACCUGGUUGGAUGGAGAGCUCGCUUUGCUGGUGGACGAGCGUGCCGUUCUCAAGCACUUUAACUGGCCAGAAGCGAAAGCGGAUGCUCUGCGCGAAUCUGCAUUUCAGUACCGAGACUUGAGGAAGCUGGAGCGCGACCUGGCUUCCUUUGAGGAUGACUACGGGAUGAAACGCGAUCCCGCUUUAAACCGAAUGCAAACCGUGAUGGAGAGGACAGAGCACAGCAUCUAUUGUUUUCUACGUACGCGAGACAAAGCUGCUAUUCGCUACAAAGAGUCUGGCAUUCCUACGAACUGGAUGCUGGAUGGUGGACUCGUUGGAAAGGUAAAGCGCUUUGCUGCACCUCAAGUCCAUGAAUGUUUCGAUCAGAUGAAGGAGUCAUCGGUAAAGCUGGCGGAGAAGUUUAUGAAGCGAGUGGUACUCGGGCUAGAUGGCGCAGGCAGCGAUGAGCUUGUGGAGGAGUUUCUGCUGCUGCAAGGAGUACGCUUUGCGUUUCGUGUUCACCAGUUCGCCGGUGGUUUCGACGACAAGACCAUGCAAGCAUUUGAGGAGCUCCGAAGUCGCGCGCGAAAGACCACCCCUUCAUGCAUGUUGUAACAAGGAAAUUUUCAAGCUACAUAAUUUACUUGUUCUCCCUAUUGUCGAUUA